CAAGCAAUGUGGGGCAACUAAAGCCGAAAACUUUCGAUCAUAUUUUCAAGAGCUCUUUUGAUUUCAAUCAUUUUAUAAAUAAAUCAUUUUUUUUUUGGGAAGAUUUUCCACUUCAGAAAUAAUGGCAUCAGGAACAUAUUUUAAGGAUUUCAAUGGUAGGUUUUUUCCAUUAAAAAAAUUACGUUUAUAUGUUAGUAGUGCCAAAACUAUUCUAUACAGUAUACAGAUGAACAAAAUAAUGCGUUCAAAAAGAAAUUUGACGCAAAAUUUUAACGUGUGAACUGAAAAAAGAUUGGACCAAAUUUCCUUUCGAUUAAAUUUCCGUCGAUCAAUUUUCCGUCGACGAAAUUCCUUUCAAACAAAUUUCUGGAUACGAAAAUUUACUUAUUAUGAGAGAUGACAUAUGUAGGCUUGUGUGUGAUUUUGUUUUAGUGUGAAUGUGUAUGUGUGUGUGAGGGAGUCGGUAUGUACACAUAUAAAGUUCUCACUUAUCAAGCAACCAAGCUCUGUAUUCUUUUCGUUCCUCGGUAAGUCGCUUUCCACAUUUCAUUUCAUACUACUGAUUGUUCUGUGUUUACUUCCAGAACGUCGACUGUGCUGUACAGGUCGCCUUAUACUACUGGUUGUUCUGCUUGCAGUUGCCUCCUUCGUACUCGAUUUGACCGCAAGCACAAACUAUAUGGAGCAGCUUCUGACUGUAUUUCCUGGUCAUUUCAUUACUAACAGAACGUUUUUAUCGUUCAACCCGUUGGAACCAAACCACGUGGUUCCCGACGACAAGAUGGCCUGCGUCUUCCCUCAUGUCGAUCCAUUCGACCCGGUUAUCAUGAAGUUCGCGGAGAAUAACGAGCCCCCGAUCUCGUGCCAAGAGUUUCCUCGGGAACUGACUUUUCUAGAAGACGGCUGGUUGAGAAUCAACUCAUCUGAGGUCGACAUGCUUUACGGCGAUGGUGGGGUUAACUGUACGUAUCAAGAGAUCACCUUCCAUCAAGAGAACGAUAGGGAGAGUGUCGGCGAGUGGAGUGACUCUUUCUCAACAGAUAUCGAACUUCCCAAGGGCACGGAGUUUCUCAGGGUCCAGUGCUUCGCCAACGUGUCAUACGUCGUAUCAAGGAGUUACUACGCUCUCGUCCCGAACCGCAUCCACGUCGAGCAGUCGACGAGACUACUUUUAAAGAAGCGAGAGGCUGAGUACGCGCCCCUGGAAACCUUGAAUGUCAUCAUGGUGGGAUUGGACUCGAUCUCCAGAAAUCAGUUUAUACGGUCGAUGAGGCAGACGCACACAUAUCUGACGGAGAGCCUCGCGUCCUACGAUAUGAAAAUGUACACGCAGCUGGGCAAGAAUACAUUCCCGAACAUUCUUCCGCUGAUGACGGGGUCGUCGAUGGACGAGGUUUACAACUGGUGGAAUGAGUCCGAGUUCUCUGACGGUUUCGAUCUCCUGUGGAAAGAGUUUGAACGAGCCGGAUACCGGACCCUGUUCACCGAAGACUGGCCCGCGACGGGCGCUUUCCAUUACGUGAAGAAAGGCUUCAGGUCUGACCCCGUGCAACACUUGAGCCGACCCCUGUGUCUGGCUUUGUAUCAGGACAAGGCCAUGUGGUCAGCCGAGAAACACUGCGUCGGGACACAGCCUGAAAUCAAUUUCCACCUGGACUACGUGGGUCGGUUUCUGGACACGUUCAACGAAACUCCGGCGUACGCUAUGAUGCUCAUGUCCAAGUUGACCCACGACGAUUGGCCAGCUUCCAGAAGGGUGGACGCGCAUCUUUACCAUUUUUACCAGCAGUUGAGCAGCCGCGGACACCUCAACCGGUCAUUGCUGAUCACGUACUCCGAUCAUGGCCCGCGACACGGGGGGAUACGGACCACGUUUAACGGAAUGGUGGAAGGUCGUACACCGUACGCGUUUUUAACGUUCCCCCAGUGGUUCCUUCAAAAAUACCCGGAUGUUGCCCAGAAUUUAAAAACCAACACCAUGCGCCUGACAACACACUUCGACACGCACGCCACCUUACAAGACCUCAUCUACUUCAAGAGCCCGGCCACACCGCCAACGGUGCGAAAAAAACACGGGAUUAGCUUGUUUCAGGAAAUUCCCAAAAGACGAAAGUGCGAAGACAUCCCGAUACCACCAGAAUUUUGUGUUUGCGGCCAUGAAGACAUGGAAAAGCUGGACACGGCUACACAUCAAUCUCAGCUUGUAGCCAGCGCCGUACUCUUAGCCAUAAAUGGCAAAAGAAGCGUGCGUCUCUGCGAGAAGCUACACCUUGCAAAGAUAAUCCAAAUAGCGAGAAUCAAAUUUCCGCCCGCAACGGUCGAAGAAACCAGGAACACCCAGAUGCUGAGGGUCAAUGUCCAGACGAUCCCAGGUAACGCUGUUUACGAGGCUACUGUCUUCCUCGAGUUUGACAGCAAAAAAGCACAGGACAGCACCGACACGCCGGUCAAGUUGAAGGUUGCUGAUACUGUUGACAGGCUCGACCUUUACGGGGACCAGUCUUUUUGUAUAGACGACUUUGAACAGAAACCAUUUUGCUACUGUAAGAAUAAACGGAAUUAGUGCCAGAAUUC